AACUCUAGCAGAAUAUCGGAAAAACGCAGCGUAUUGGGUGCGGCAGCUCUCAAAAAGGAAGCAUGCACCGAUUUCGCUGUCUCUUUGGUUGGCUGAAUGAGCGAGAGAAAGCAGAAAUGGGAAUUCCGGUAGUUAGGUUUUCGAUGAUGACAACGUUAAUCAGAGUAAUUGGAUUGGCAGUCUUAGUAUUGGUUAUAACAUGGACUUUUCACUUCAGGGGCGGCGUGUCUCUCUCCUCUACUACCAAAGAUCUCACUCUCAUCUUCAAUGUCCAUCCUGUACUGCUGGUGAUCAGUCUUAUUUUAUUAAAUGGCGAAGCCAUGCUAGCAUACAAGACAGUCUCUGGAACUAAAAGCUUGAGAAAGACAGUGCAUUUGACAAUACAAUCUGUAGUGUUUUUAUUGAGUGUGAUCGGUGUAUGGGCUGCUUAUUGGUUCCACAAUUUAAAGGGCGUUGAUGAUUUCUACAGUCUGCAUUCAUGGCUUGGUCUUGCUUGUUUGUUCUUUUUCAGCAUCCAGUGGGCUGCUGGCUUUUCAACCUUUUGGUAUCCUGGUGGUUCCAUAAGCAGCAGAGCUUCUUUACUUCCGUGGCAUGUGUUUUUUGGGAUAUACAUAUAUGCACUUGCAAUUGUCACUGCUGCUACUGGAUUUCUGGAGAAGGCCACAUUCUUACAGGUCCAUCAUAUAAUCUCACGUUACUCCACUGAGGCACUGUUGGUGAAUACUUUAGGUAUGCUAAUUGUUGCUCUCGGAGGUAUAGUGAUUCUUGCUCUCGUAACACCCAUGAAUGGGAAAGGAAAUGCCUAUAAACCACUAGAGUAUGCAAUGCAACAUCCAUCUGUUUAAUUGAUUGGUGGUGCUACUCUUACAGAGGGAUCUAUCUUCUUUGAGUUUGACACAAUAUCAUCUGCGGAAAACAUGAAACUGAAUAUUUUUUGUUUUUACCGCCUGAACUGGCUCGGAAAUGAUCUCUAAUCUCAUUGGUUAAUUCGAGCAGGAAUUUUUCAUUGUUUACUCAUGCUUGGAAGAAAAACUUCCAUUACAUCAAACACAGGUAGUACACCGCAUAUGGGUGCACAAGUCAGAAGGUUACACUGAGAAAGUUGGAGGUUCCAGCAUUUUUCACUUUCUCAUGAUGACAGUAUAGCUUUUCAAGAUGUGAGUGGUGCAUCCGUCCAUGUUAAUGUCCAUAAAAAGUUUAUGAAACGUUUCAUGUUGAAAUUCAUUUGAUUUUGCAGUUGCUUAUUGUACAAACAUAUGAAUAUAAUCUUGAUCGAGCCCUUUAUUAAGUUGGAUAAAAAUUGGAUGA